AAUUAUUGACUAUAUAUUGUAGUAGGCUAUUGUGUGGUUCUCACUUCUAAUUGAUUUGCACACCCAACAUUAAUGAUUAUUGUGUUUGUGAAUCAUGUGGGCCGAAUCACUUAGGUUACUCAAGAGUCGUCCAAUUUUUGUUGAUGACCGAAUAAGAGAAGUUUUUACCGCCUUUUCUUCUCUCUAUCGCUCUCGGAUUGAUAAUCAUGCCGCAAUUUAAUGCAUUAACUUUUUUAGGUAAUCCAGGGGUAAAGAUUAACCCCUACCUAACUCCCUUCCACUCCUUUUCUCUUCCCAGAGUUAACAUCAUGGAAAACUUUUAAAACAUAGGGAAUUCAGAUGCAAUUGAAACAGAAAUUAAGCACGGGAGAAUCGCCUGAUCCUCCUUUUGAGGAGACAUACAAGAAACUUUUUGACGACAUAAGAAUGGGAAAGUCAUCAAAAAUAAAAUACCAAAACCUCUUCGUUGUAGAAGAAUGUGAGUUGCCAUUGAUAGAUCUUGAGCAACUAAACGGAAUAGAAUUAGACAGAGAAGAAUGCAAGAGGAAAAUAGCCAAAGCUUCACAAGAAUGGGGUUUUUUCCAAGUAGUGAACCAUGGAAUAUCACACGAUAUAUUAGCAAAAAUGCGAAUGGAGCAAAUUAAGCUAUUCAAGAAGCCAUUCCAUGAGAAAAUGAAUGACAAGAAUCUCAAAUUCUCAGCAGGAAGUUACCGGUGGGGAACUCCUUCUGCUACAUGUCUUCAACAACUUUCUUGGUCUGAAGCUUUCCACGUACCUCUCACUGAUAUCACCAAUUCAACUGAUUUUAGCAGCCUCAGCUCCACAAUGGAACAGUUUGCAACAACACUAUCUGAAUUAGCACAUAAAUUAGCAAGGAUUUUGUCGGAGAAAAUGGGAUAUAAGUCGAAAUAUUUCAGAGAAACAUGUUUGCCAAGCACUUGUUACCUUAGGAUGAAUAGAUAUCCAGCAUGCCCUAUUUCACCAGAAAUGUUUGGAUUAAUGCCACACACUGAUAGUGACUUCCUCACUAUAUUGCACCAAGAUGAGAUUGGAGGAUUGCAGUUAGUAAGAGAUGGGAAAUGGAUCUCUGUUAAGCCCAAUCCUGAAGCACUUAUCAUCAACAUUGGAGAUUUGUUUCAGGCUUGGAGCAAUGGUGUUUAUAAAAGUGUUGAGCACAGGGUUGUUACAAACAAAGCAAAAGAGAGAUUCUCAACUGCAUUUUUCUUAUGCCCAUCAUAUGACACAGAAAUACGGAGUUGUUUUGAGCCUUCUGUUUAUAGAAGAUUUACCUUUAGAGAAUUCAGACAACAAGUCCAAGAAGAUGUUAAGAAAUUUGGUUAUAAAGUAGGUCUCCCUAGGUUUCUUGUGUCAACUCAUUAAUCUCAACAUUUUUUGUAGUAAUUAAAUUAAAAAUGCAUAUAUAUUAUGGUCACAUUUGACCUUUUAAAUAGUGUAUAGGAAAAAUGUGUAAGUCAAUCUUUCUCUUUCUGAGUUUUAAUUUAGAACAAGUGUAUAUCUUAUAUAUACUGCCUAUAUAAAUUAUACGUUGUACCUGUUAGGGGUUUUGCCA